AACACUCUUCAUUCCUGAAAGCUGGAAUGAGGACCAAUGCUGAUGAUCCAGUUCCUAAUGACCCAAGACGUUGCUGGGACUUGAGAGGGCUCUGUUUUGAGAACAGCUGCAGUGAACAAAAUACUCCCUGCCUGGUCUAGACUCGCAUGGAAAGUUCCUGGUAAUCAACAAAUCUCCUUACGGCCUGGCCUGCAAGAGAACUCGAAAGGGACUUCUUACAGGGGCUGUAAGAACAGAAGACAGAAGGGCUUCAUGCUGACAGAAGGUAACAUCUUUGUUGUCAGCUUGUCUGUUGCAGACCUCGUGGUUGCAGUUUAUCCAUACCCUCUGAUCUUAAGUGCCAUCUUCCACAAUGGAUGGACCAUGGGAAAUAUCCACUGCCAGAUAAGUGGGUUCCUGAUGGGCUUAAGUGUCAUUGGGUCCAUUUUCAACAUCACGGCGAUUGCAAUCAACCGCUACUGCUACAUCUGCCACAGCCUUCGGUAUGAUAAGCUCUUCAACCUGAAGAACACCUGCUGCUAUCUCUGCCUGACCUGGAUACUCACAGUGGUGGCAAUCGUGCCUAACUUCUUUGUUGGCUCCUUGCAGUAUGACCCCCGGAUUUACUCCUGCACCUUUGCCCAGACAGUGAGCACAUCAUACACCAUCACGGUGGUAGUGGUUCACUUCAUUGUUCCACUCUCUGUUGUGACAUUUUGCUACCUACGGAUCUGGAUUUUGGUGAUUCAAGUCAAACACCGGGUGAGACAAGACUGCAAGCAGAAACUCAGGGCAACUGACAUCCGAAACUUCUUGACUAUGUUUGUGGUUUUUGUCCUUUUUGCUGUGUGCUGGGGACCACUAAACUUUAUUGGCCUUGCUGUUUCAAUUAAUCCUUCAAAAGUGCAGCCACACAUUCCAGAAUGGCUUUUUGUCCUGAGCUAUUUUAUGGCCUAUUUUAACAGCUGCCUCAAUGCUGUGAUCUAUGGGCUUCUUAACCAGAAUUUUCGGAAGGAGUACAAAAGAAUAUUGCUGACACUGUGGACUCCCAGGCUGCUGUUCAUUGAUGUGUCCAAGGGUGGGACAGAAGGGAUGAAAAGCAAGCAUUCUCCAGCCAUAACAACUAACAACAACCAUGCGGAAAUACACCUAUGAGUCAGGACAGUACUAUUUAUUCUGGAUUAAGUAUAUAUAAGAGCCUUUCUAGCUGGGUGCAUUGCACAGCUGGUGUUGUCCUCAUGCAAGGAAGGAGUCUGCAACCUUUCAUGCUUAGCUUGACAUUGCUACGACAUCAAGGCUUUGAGUAAGGAUUUUCAGAAUGGAAAUGACUGAUUUUUAUUUUUUUUUUUUUAAUAUGUCAUCUUUCACUGUGUGCCUAAUUAAUCGGUUUGGUUGCUUUUGUCACAAGCCUGCCAAUACCCGAAAAGGGAAGCAUUCAGAGUGCAUGGAGAAAUGCAGUUAUGCUUGAAAUGCAACCUUCAAGGGGCAGUAAAAUUUCCAUUUAUUACACACAAACCUUUCUCCCCUCCCUCUGAGUUCUAUUUUUCUAGCAUUAACUUAGCCCAAACUGUAUCAAACAAAGUGUAAACUGCAUGGCUUUUUACAUUUUAGAUAGGCAACUGUAUUAGCCAGCGGAUGUAUGUAUAGGCAUGGUGUGUGUUUUCCUUUUUAUUUCCUCUUAGGUUUAGGAACUAGCCUGGGCUAGAUGUGAGGCAGAAACCAGACCAGUGUGUGCCUGAUGCACUCAUUUGAAUUAAGUUUCUACAGACAUUAAGUACCAUUGCACUCUCCUUCCCAGGCCACAAGUAAGUAUUGUGACAUAUGACAUAAUCUAAUUGCAGUAAGAUACUUGGAG